AUGUCCGGCGCGCAAGAGUCCCCAUGCCGCAUCCUCGUCAUGGCCUCCGGCUUCGGCUCCAACUUCCAGGCGCUCAUCGACGCCGUCGCCGCGGGACGCAUCCGGAACAGCCACAUCGUCCGUCUCGUCACGAACCGGAGAGGCGCGCGCGCAACCGCGCGGGCAGACGACGCAGGCGAGAUCCAGCCCCCCCCGUGCAUUCCUUGGGACUACUUCAACCUCAUCAGCCACGGGUUCCUGACCAAGGGGGACAAGGACGAGGGGAGAGUCGCGGAGGCGCGGCGGAGGUACGACGCCGCGCUGGCGGAGAGGGUGCUGGCGGCCGAGCCGCGGCCGGAGCUGGUCGUGCUCGCUGGCUGGAUGCACGUCUUCUCGGGGGCGUUUCUGAGGCCCGUCAGGGACGCGGGCGUCAAGCUCAUCAACCUCCAUCCCGCGCUGAGAGGGGAGUUUGACGGGGCCAAUGCCGUCGAGCGGGCUUUCGAGGCGCUCAAGGCUGGGCAGAUCACGCGCACGGGCAUCAUGGUCCACGAGGUCGUUGAGGAGGUAGAUCGGGGGCCGCUUGUCAUGGACGAGGAGAUUGAGUGGAGGGGCGAGGAUCUGGACGCGCUGAAGGAGAGGAUCCAUGCCCGUGAGCAUGAGCUCAUUGUCAAGGCAACGGCCAAGGUGGUCGACGAGAUAUUAGAGAAGAGGGAACAGUGA